GUCAUCCACUUGGCAAGUCACUUACAAACAUUGCGGUACAAGGAGAAGGAAAUCGACUGCUGGCUGUGUACAUCGAAGCAGGCAGGAUAAAAAAGAAAGAAAAGGUACCUCUCUCUUUCUUCUCUAUCGUGCCAGGAUCAUUAAGAAAGGCUACAAAAAUGAGACUUGCAACAUUGUUCAGCUUGGUUGUUUUGGUAUUGGUUGCUAUCGUUACCGAAGCGAGCGCUUCCAACAGCGUCGACCAUUUUGACACUGAUGCUGCAGAGAUAAGUCCUAAUGAUAACAUCGAAAGUGAUCUCGAAGAGGAGCACGAGCGGAUCAAAAGGAGCCCAGGGUGGAGGAGGAGAUUCCGUGUCAGAAUCAGAAGACCUAUCAGGAAAAUUGGUCGUGCUGUUAGAAAAGUGGGUCAGGGGGUGAAAAAGGCUGCUCGCAAAGUAAAAGCGGUGGUUAAGAAAGUUGCUUCGAAAGCAAAGGAAGCUAUCAAAAAAGCCGCUGGAAAAUUGAAGACUGCUUGGAAAAAAGCGCGCGACAAGACCAAGUCAGCUCUGCGAAAAGUAAAAGAUAAAGUAAAAAGUAUAGGAAAAUUGCCUGUAAAACUUGCAAAGAAGCUGAAGGACAAAUUGAAGGAAAAAAUUCUACGUAAGCUCGCUAAAGAAGAGGGGGAUGAAGUUUCCGAAGAAACCACUGUGACAGAAAGCUGUGAUGCAGAUUGCAAGUUUGUCAGGGAAUGUCUCAAAGUAGUGGAGCUGUUCAAGAGGUCUUUUUGUGCUUUUUACACAUUGAGACGGAAACACAACGAUUUCAUGGUAGACAGAAAUCUAAACUCAACUUUGACACUGAUUAUCAACGACAUUAUCAUAGAUUCGUUGAGUUUCUAUUCAGAGCUGUCGAACGUUUUACGACUUUUCUACCCAAGCAUGAAAAUUGAGGACCGAAAGUCUCUUUCAGCUAGGUGCAGCAAAGGAAUGAUGCCAUGUGUUCCUGGGCCUGCUUCCACUGGAGAAUUCCACAAGCUGAAAUGCCUAAAACCAUGCUAUGGUUUCACAGGGUGUGCUGCAAGUGACAAGGAACUUAUGCAAGUGGUUGAUAAAGCAGCAGCGAAGUUUAGACAAGAGAUUGAGCGUGCUUUGAAACUGAUCGAGUAAAGAGUACAUUUUCAAACUUUCAUCUAUACUAAUACUCGGUAAUAAUAAUGUUUUAGGUGAUACUUAACAGAUCGAAAAGAGUGUGUUUUAUGCUCAUUCACAACAAUCUACGGUUAGGUGCGAUAGGAAAAUGUAUGCAUAGAAACUCUGGGA